AUGGCCGACGUCCCUGGGGAGACUGAUGUUUCUGAGACUGAUGUCCCUGGAGAAGCUGAUGAUACUGUCUCUGUGGCAUCAAGUGUCGAUGCCUCAGUCUUUGAUCAGCACUCAGAUGGUUCCAGCUACACAGCUUCCCUUCUAUCAGAUGUCCAAAACUACAGAUACGAAAAUAACCGACGCUACCAUUCCUACCGUGAAGGACACUACGUGCUCCCCAACGACGAUCAAGAACAGGAUCGACAAGAUCUACUUCACCACGUCCGGAACCUAGUGCUGGAGGGCCGACUCUUCCUCGCCCCACUGGGAGACAAAAUCCACCGAGUCUUGGACGUUGGCACCGGCACCGGCAUCUGGGCCAUCGACUUUGCAGACACAUUCCCCAACGCCGAGGUAAUUGGCACCGAUUUGAGUCCAAUCCAGCCAUCAUGGGUCCCGCCCAACUUGCAAUUCGUUGUGGACGAUGCCGAAUCACAAUGGCUGUACAGUGCUAAACGACCUUUUGACUUCAUCCAUGUCCGCGAUCUCGGCGGUGCCAUCACCGACUGGCCGCGUUUGAUCCAACAGAGUUACGAGCAUCUCCGACCAGGUGGUUGGCUUGAGUUGCAGGAGUUUGAGGUUACGCUGAGAGCCGAUGAUGAUUCAAUGCAUCUUGCGCCGACGUUGUGCGAGUUUAUCAGACACUUGCAGGCGGCCAGUGAGGCAUUUGGUCGUCCUAUGAACAUCGCGGAGGGUCACCGGCAGAGGUUGGUUGAGGCUGGUUUUGAAGACGUCAAGGAUGAUGUGUACAAGGUCAUUUCCACUCCCUGGGCUGAGGACCUUGUGCAGAAGGAAAUCGGCCGGUACAACCAGUGCUCUCUUCUAAUGGCAGUGGAAGCCUACUCGCUGGCUCUGUUUACUCGGGUCCUGGGAUGGUCUAACGAGGCUACCCAGGUGUUCCUGGCAGGCGUGCGUAGAGAUAUCAAGAAUCCCGCCGUCCACUCAUAUUGCUAUUUGCAUGUCGUUUACGGUCAGAAGCCAAACAACCAGGGUCAGAUCUGA